AUGGUUUUGUCAUGGACCAGAGGGAGAGUGUUCCGGCGUGCCCGGAAGGGGAAAGAGUUGAAUUCCGGUGGCGAUUUGGAGAUAGAGAUCGCGAUCCCCACCCACUUCCGGUGCCCAGUAACUUUGGACAUGAUGAAGGACCCUGUGACGGUGUCCACGGGGAUAACCUACGACAGAGAUAGCAUCGAGAAGUGGAUCGAGUCCGGGAACCGCACGUGCCCGGUUACGAAGACGGAGUUGACCAGCUUUGAGAUGAUCCCGAACCACGCCAUUAGGAGGAUGAUUCAGGAUUGGUGCGUAGAGCACCGUUCCUACGGGAUCGAACGGAUCCCCACUCCUCGGAUCCCGGUGACCCCAUACGAGGUUACUGACACAUGUACGAGGGUCCUGUCGGCUGCGCAGCACGGGGACGAGAACAAGUGUGUGGAGUUGGUGAGGAAGAUUAAGGCGUGGGGGAAGGAGAGUGAGAGGAACAAGAGGUGCAUAGUGGUCAACGGUGCUGCUCUAGCACUAGCUAAUGCGUUUAACAUUUUCUCACGUGGGGUGGUUGAAAAGAACGUGGUUGUGUUGGAUGAGAUUCUGGGGGCUUUGACGUGGAUGCGUCCUCUUUCUGAAGAGGGUAGAUCGGUGUUGGGGUCCGUGAAUUCUAUUGGUUGCAUGGUUUGGUUCAUGAAUGGUAAACAAUUGGCGACAAGGCAGAACGCUGCUUUGUUGCUUAAGGAAAUGCGUGUUGAGGCUUUGGUGAAAUGUGAAAGAGUUUUUGAAGCUUUGGUUAACAUGGUUAAGGAGCCUGUUGGGAGUGCUUCCACCAAGGCAUGUUUGUCAACGAUUUUUAAGUUGGUUAAUUCUUCAGGGAGUAAUAGAGGUGUGACUUGCGAGAGAUUCGUGGAGUUGGGGUUGGUUUCGGUCUUGUUGGAGGUUCUUGUUGAUGCGGAGAGAGGGGUGUGUGAGAAGGCUUUGGGGGUGUUGGAUUGUCUUUGUGAUUGUAAACAAGGGGUGGAGAUGGCUAAAAGUAAUGCUUUGACUUUGCCUCUUGUGAUCAAGAAGCUGUUGAGGGUGUCCGAAUUGAGUUCCAGCUUUGCGGUUUCGGUUCUCUGGAAGAUUUGUGACAAGACAGAAGAAGGUGUGUUGAUUGAGGCUCUUCAAAUGGGGGUGUUUCAUAAACUCCUUGUUUUGUUGCAAGUGGGCUGUGGUGAGGGCACCAAAGAGAAGGCUACGGAGUUAUUGAAAUUGUUAAAUGGUUGCCGGAGCAAAGCUGAGUGUGUUGACUCCUCCUUGGAUUUCAAGCAUUUGAAGAAACCCUUCUGA